GUAACCCACAACCUGAAGCGAGCCAGUAUGGAUGCACAAAGAAAUUUGCAUAACAUACAAGGCAAUAACAUUACCAAACAUGACCCGCAACCAUAAAAGACAGCAAACAACAAUUGAAAUGCCAAAUCAAUAACAUUCCACAUGAUGCAAUUAAGCCAUGAACCCAUUACACCAAGUGUAAAACCAUGCAUAUGGCCCACAGUAUUCAUAGCACAGGUCCUGCACCCUGUCAGUAGCAGUCUCCAAAUGCGCUAGGCCUGACUCAUGCUCAUAGCAACAAGGGCCAUGGCUCUUCGCAUACUCACCUCCACCAUCAACAAACCAACUUCACCUUUCUCCAACACCGCUUCUCUCUGUCGCAUGUCAUUUUCGCUCUCCGCACAAGUGAAUCACAAAUCUGGCCCCGAUUGGAUUAAGCAGCUCAACGAUCCUCUUAAGGUGGUAGAUCCCGAGAUCGAUAAUAUAAUCGGACUUGAAAAAUCUCGUCAAUGGAAGGGACUAGAACUUAUACCUUCAGAAAAUUUUACGUCCUUAUCGGUGAUGCAAGCAGUUGGAUCUGUUAUGACGAAUAAAUACAAUGAAGGUUAUCCUGGUGCUAGAUACUAUGGUGGAAAUGAGUACAUUGACAUGGCUGAGACCUUGUGUCAGAAGCGGGCACUGGAAACUUUUGGGUUGGAUCCAGUACUAUGGGGAGUCAAUGUGCAGUCGCUAUCUGGAUCUCCUUCCAAUUUCCAAGUUUACACUGUUUUAUUGAAACCUCAUGAGAGAAUUAUGGCACUCGAUCUUCCCCAUGUUGGGCAUCUUUCACAUGGAUAUCAGACUGACACCAAGAAGAUAUCAACUGUAUCUAUAUUCUUUGAAACAACGUCGUACAGAUUGGAUGAGAGCACUGGUUAUAUUGAUUAUGACCAGAUGGAUAAAAGUGUUGCACUAUUUAGGCCAAAAUUAAUAGUUGUUGGUGCUAGUGUUUAUGCUCGCCUUUAUGAUUAUGCACGUAUUCGCAAGGUAUGUGAUAAACAGAAGGCAGUUAUGUUAGCUGAUAUGGCACACAUCAGUGGAUUAGUUGCUGCAGGUGUUAUUCCCUCUCCUUUUGAUUAUGCAGAUGUUAUAACAACCACAACACAUACGUCACUUUGUGGGCCACAUGGGGCUAUGACAUUCUUCAGGAAAGGUGUGAAAGAGAUAAACAAGAAAGGGCAGGAAGUUCUCUAUGACUAUGAAGACAACUUGGAAAUACCGCGUUCGAGGAAGACGGAAGUGGAUGAUCGUAGGCAACAUCACAAGAUAUCCGUCAGUUCGUGUGACUGAUCUGGUUUUGAAGACACCAAAAUUUACUGUUGAAGUCAGAGAAUUACAUAUGGAUAUAUCUAAAAAUGCUGGAUCUAAGUCAAGUUUGUUCACUGGACUACAAAUAUCAUAGGUUCUCGUUCACACCGGCAAACCAUAAGUCAGAGCCACAAGCAAGGUUAGAGUGGAAUCAGUCGCAUUAUCCGCAGAAUGCACAUUAACAUGAGGACACAUCGGUCCCAGCCAGUCUUACAAACCUUGUGGCGUCACAAUCCUGCAGCAGUCUAAGGCAAAAUCUUCUGCGUGGGCCUUAUGCGAACCUGCUUAACACUCGCAUCAAACCAACCCGAGGCCGUCAUCGUGUUUGAACUGUCAAGAAAUGGGGCACUAUUCUAAUGAUCGUCCUUCACAUCGACACUCCAUGAACGCACAACAUACAUUUUCUCCGAUCACUCUCCCCAACCAACAUUUUCUCAAUAGAAUAUAUAACAGAACCUUUUCAACCACCUGCUAACCGAAUAAACCUUUUCCAAUCUCCGAAAAACUGCAUAUAACCCAUAACAUGAUUAACCGGAAAAUCGGAACAGGAUGAUGAGAACUCCCAAUAGUCUCGGAAUGUCUCUCAAAUGAAGGAAAAGGUUUUUGUUUAGAAAUGUUGGUAUUGCCAUUGGAAUAUUGUCAAAGAGUUGAUGUUGUUGUUCUGGUUGGUGAAAAGAAGGCGACCUCCAAGCUUCUGCGAACCUCAACUUCAGCUGAGGAAAUACACAAGAUGGAUGAUUAGGUUGCAUGAAUUGUUGUUGUGAUUAUGUAUGAUGCUAACAUCCUAAUUCAUACUUCCAGGUCCAAGCACAAUGUUACUCACCAAGAGCCAAUGUCGGUUGAACGGUGUGGUUCAAUCUCUUUGAGACACUAAACAAGGUUACACAUAAUUUGGUGGUCUCAGUCCGUUUGGGGCUUCUCUCCUGUUUGAAGGAUGGGAUAAAAACACCGACUUUCAUCAUUACCUCAGCAAUCCUUGUGGAAAUUAUGGCAGUUGGAAAGCCGGUGAUGUUGGUUUCAAUAACUAGGCAGCACAGUCAAUUCUAAAACAGGACUGCAAAGACCAGACUGCUUUGCCGUAAGAGUGGGGUUCAUACUGGUCAUGGCUAUGGUGGACAGUCACCGGCUC